CAUUGCUAUUAAAUAUGAUUUUGAGUUACACUACAAAAAUAUUGAACUCGCAACUCGGUUGAUUAAAUAAUGCUAUAAAUAAAAGAUUCAUAGUGGUAGAGUAAUAAUUAAUAAUAAUCAGAAGUCGCAUUUAAAAGUGAUGCGAUUUAGAUACCUAAUGCUACCAGGAGCCAACCAUCACUAGACCUUUUAUAAGACGAUAAAACUCGCGAGAAGCUCCUCCUCGCCAUUGCAGCAGCCGCUGAAAUUGCUUCACAUCACCAUCCAGUCUGGUUCUUCUCAAUUCUUUAACUGAGAUAAGACUAUAGCAAUGUCGUCUACAAGGAAACAAAUUCAAAAGGAUUAUAUCGAGCGUGCACGAGCUUAUCACCAAAAGAAGCAGGCUUUACGGAAACUUAAGCUAAAAGCGGCAUUGAGGAACCCAGAUGAAUUUUAUUUAAAGAGGAUCAAAACAAAAAAAUUUGGUGUAUUCUACAAGCUAAAGAGAAGAGCAAAUAAGUACCUAAAAGAUGAUCUGAAAUAUAUUUUGCUGAAAAAGAAAAUUAAAGAAAUAGAUGCCGAUAUUGAAGCCUCAAAGAGCAGAGUAAAAGAAUUAUGGAAAUUAUUAGAGAAUCAUUUACAGAAGGAAAGUGCAACUGUUGAGAAUCCAAAUCAAUUUGUCGAUGACGGAGUCCUUACGGAAAAUCAAGUAAUGGGUGGCUCUUAGACAUUGACUACAUGUAUAGUAGAUGAGUAUCUAAUAAAUUUGAAGUAAUACUAUUAUUUUAUGUUGAUUUUGACUAUUAUUUAUCUUUACACUUUGUUCCUCUUAAGACUUUAAUUCUUCUUUGUGAACGUUAAUUUUAAAAUUGUAUUUUUACUU